AGCCCCCUAGUAUCAAGUUCUGCAGGUAACCUAUUCGUCGUGUUUUUUCAUUGUUUGAUACACUGUUGGUCUACAUAUUUUGAUGAAUUCUUCGAAUGAUAUAAAAAUCAUAAAGAAGGACAAAGUGUCAUCCUAUAAAGGUGGGAACUUCUGACUGUUUUACAUUCAUAACAUCAUAGUGUAAUAGAAGAUGGAACAAAAUGAACAUACAAAUGCUAUGUAUGCUGAUUACUAUAAAGCAUGGAUGGACUAUUAUAAGAAACAGACAGCAGUUGAAGAAGAACCAGAAAUAAUGCAGACUGACGUUGGGCAAGAUUCUAGCACUACUGAGACUUCUACUACUAAUGUUGAGAUGAAAGAAAAUGAUUCAAACAAAGAAAUGGCUGAAUUAGAGAAAUAUUGGCAAACUGUCAAAGAAAAUCCUUCAGAUUUUACAGGAUGGACAUACUUAUUACAAUAUGUUGAACAAGAGAAUAAUUUAUUGGCUGCCAGAGAGGCAUUUGAUGAAUUUUUUAAACAUUAUCCAUAUUGUUAUGGUUAUUGGAAAAAAUAUGCAGACAUGGAAAAGAAAAUGAGUACACCAGAUAAAGCUGAAGAGGUAUUUGAACGUGGUCUUCAAGCAAUUCCAUUAAGUGUUGAUUUAUGGAUACAUUAUAUCAAUUUUUGUAAAACUCAGUAUGCUGAUAAUGAAAAUAAUUACAAAAAAAUAAAAGAUGUAUUUGAAAGAGCUGUUGAAGCAGCUGGUAGAGAAUUUCGUUCAGAUAGAUUAUGGGAUUUAUAUGUAAAUUGGGAACAGGAAAAUGGCAAUUUGAAAGAAAUUACAGGAAUUUAUGAUAAAUUAUUUACAAUACCUACUCAACUUUAUAGUCAUCAUUUUGAAAAAUUUCAGGAACAUAUCAAAUCAAACAUUCCUAAAGAUAUAUUAUCAACAGAUGAAUUUCUUGAACUGCGCCAAGAAUUUGUAACUAGUACUAAAAAAAUGGAACCACCUAUAGAUGAAGAAGAGGGUGUUGAAGAUGCUCCACCCCCAGGAGUUGAUGAUGAAGCUCCUCCUGGUCUUAUAGCAUUUGACAAAACAGAUAAAGAUGCUACAAAUGAUGAUGAAACCAAAUAUUUGAAAGAAAAAAUACUUGAAAGAAGAAGAGCAAUAUUUGUCAUUAAUGAAGAAGAAGUUAGUAAAAGAUGGGCUUUUGAAGAAGGUAUUAAGAGACCAUACUUUCAUGUUAAACCUCUGGAAAGAGCCCAGUUGAAAAACUGGAGAGAUUAUCUUGAUUUUGAAAUGCAAGAAAGCCCUUAUGAAAAUGUAGUAGUAUUAUUUGAACGCUGUAUGAUUGCUUGUGCAUUAUAUGAAGAUAUGUGGAUGAAGUAUAUUAAAUAUGCAGAAAGUUUCAGCUCUGAAGCAGUUCAUGACAUUUAUAGGCGAGCAUGUACAAUACAUUUACCAAGAAAACCAAAUAUUAACCUUGCUUGGGCAACCUAUGAGGAACGUCAAGGUAAUUAUGAUAAAGCAUCUGAAGUUUUGCUGAAUCUUGAGUACAAUAUUCCUGAACUGUUAGAAGCUACUUUACGGAGGAUAAAUCUGGAACGCCGUAGACAGAAUCAUCAGAGAGUGGAAGAGUUAUAUCAGGCGUGUAUGGCAAAUGCCAAGACUAUCCAUAUGGGAUCGCAUUUCGCCAUCAAGUAUUCAAGAUAUCUUUACAAGGUCCGUGGUGAAUUUGACAGAGCAGUUCAAGUGCUGAAGGAAGCGAUCCAAAGAGAUCCGACAAAUCCAAAUCUUUAUAUGCAGCUGGUGGAUGCUGGUUAUCAGAGUUCUCCCAUGAAUGAACAGCAGAUUACUGAAGCAUUUGAUGAAGCUUUGGCUAGUGAGAUGGACAGUGACCAGAAGAUGCUGUUUUCUCAAAGAAAAUUGGAAUUUUUAGAAGACUUUGGCAAUGAUACAAUGCAAAUCAAAGAAGCUUUUGAAGAAUAUUCUAAAAUGAUGAGAAAUCAUAUACCUGGAACUAAAAAAAGAUUACCAGAUAGCAGUGAUGAUAUUUAUCAAGAUAAAAAGUCAAAACUGGAUAUAAAUGGUACUGUGAACAGCACUGUUGCUACUACUGUUCAAAUUCCUUCAACUCAAGAUACUACAGCUUACGCAUAUCCACAGUCUUGGCAAAGUUAUGCACAGACUGCUUAUAAUUAUCAACAGCCUUGGAGUGCAUAUCCAGCUUCAUAUUAUCCAACUCACUGAAGAUAUUCAUAAAUACCAUAUUUUUAGGUUUUAUUAAUGGACCAUUAUAUCAUUCCAAAUAGUUUCGUUUUAAUUUAAGAAAGAAAGUUUUAAUCUUUCACCAUAGAAUAUAAUCACAGUUCCUUUUCAUUACAAUUAAUGAUAAAGAAUUAUACUUGAUAUGGUAAUUGUCAUUAUGGCACACUACAAAUUAUUUUUGAAAGAAUAAACUGUGUGCAUUCAUUUCUUGAUGCUAGAUAAUUUGGAACUACAUAUAAAUAACUUAAUGCAUAACUGCAAUCAAAAUUUUACUGUCUUUAGCUCUCUAAAUUUUCUACAUCACUAUUUUGAUUUUUUCUGUUCAUAGUUUAUCAUGUAAAAAUAAAUAAAAAAAUAUAUAAUGUAUAUAUUCUGUACAUCCUCACUUCUGAAUCUAUAGACACUUUUUAGAUUUCUUACCAUAUGAAUAUACGAAAACUGUUUUAAAUUACUAUGUUAUAGAAUGGGAAAGCAUAUGAAUUCAGGUUUAAAUUAAAACAUUUCAAUUUAAAAUUUUUAUAGAUAUAGAGGAUUUUCAAUCUUAUUCAGUGUGAUCAAUAAUAUAUUUUUAAUGAACAGAGAAAUGAAAAGUUUGCCAGUUUUGUUAAUAGGUAUGGAAUUUCAAAAGUGACAAACAAAUUUAUAAUAAUUUGAAAAUUUGCUUGAAAUUAAUCUUCAAAAUUCAUUAGUUUAUAGGUUAAAUAGUUUGUUUUUUAUUUUAAUAAAUUUAAAGAUGAGUUUUUCAUGAAGUUUUAAUGGAUUUUUUAGAUGGAAACAUAUUAUAAUUGGUUUUUUUGUGAAGAUGCAUAUUUUAUGUAAUAAAGUAAUUAAAAGAAUGAAAAUGUUGCUUCAUAAAAUAUUAAUUUUAAUCCAUUUAUAAAAGUAAGUUAUAAAAUUUAGAAUAAAUAUAUUAAUAUUUAAAAUUUGAAAGAUAUGUAUACAACGAAUGAAUGAAUGAAAUAUCUCUUAAAUUACAUUAUUUAAGAAUGUCUGGACUUGAAUGUGUUGGUUCAGUUUUAUUAAUACAAAAUAUGGAGACAGCAGAUUACCAUAUUAAUCAUUUAUGUGAAAUAAAAAUUUUUUUUGUUUGCUUCUAAUAAAAUAUGCUAAUUUUUUCUUAUC